AAAUUAUCCAUAUGCCUUAAAAUAAUGUAAUUUUUUGUACAUGUAAAUAAUUUGUGUAUAUUACUAUGUUUAAUUCAGUUUUCUAAUUUUUGUCUAACUUCUAAAUUCAGUUCCAUUCCACUUACACAUUAGGAAUAAAAUUAAUGAGUUUUAUCAGUUUUUUGUUAAAUUAUGAAAAAAUUUUGUUUUCUCCAAAUCCCACCGCUUCUACUCGCUUUAUUCCUCUUCAAACCCUCAAUUUUUAUUACUCAGCGUAUACAACUGGCAAAUGCCCUGCCCAUAAAUGAUAAUCUACUCAAUAUACUCCAAAACAUAGAUCAAGAAUCUAAUCUAUCAAAUAAUACGAAGAAGGUUAAUUUUAAGCUGUUAAUAAAUCCAGUGGGCACCGAUGGGACUGAGUUAACCCAUUAUCUGAAGCUUAAAUCGACCCUUUGGCUUACAAAUGACGAAUUCACAAGUUUGAGGAAUUACUUAGGUGACAGUGAUUUGUCAAACGCCCUUAAAAUUCUUAGACGGAAGUUUUAUAGACGCUAUGAAUCUGAAAAUUUACCCAAGGAUUCUCUAAAAUACAAGCUUCUCUCUGCUCUAGCUUUCAGUUCAUUGCAAGGCAAGAUUAAUGUACUUAAAAAUGGGUUAAACGAUCAUGUCCCCGAGUUAUUAUUGCUAGUUUCAGGGUAUGUGAGUGAGCACAAAAGCGCUGUUGACUGGAAGCCUUUAGAACUGGAUGAUCCAGACUUUUCUUUUAAGGUUGAUACUGGCAACAGGCCCACAACAGACCUAACCCCGGUAACAGUAACCUCCGAAUACGACCCAACCAAAUACCAACAUAUUAUAUUCGAUUCAAUCAAGCUUCUCAAUGAUAGCACUAUCCACACUCCUACCACUGAACUCCCUAAACAGUCCACAGUAUCUGAAGAGCCUAAGGCUACCGAAAAAACAACCCAACAGGAACUAGAAACCGUCAAAAAAGACUCAGAAAAAGAAUUGACUUUGCCAAAACCUGAACAAACCAAAGAACUCAAAACUGAACCUACACCUGAGUCUACUACUACCAAUAACACGCCUGAACAAACCAAAGAACUCAAAACUGAACCUACACCUGAGUCUACUACUACCAAUAACACGCCUGAACAAACCAAAGAACUCAAAACUGAACCUACACCUGAGUCUACUACUACCAAUACUACACCUGAACAACCUACCAGUACUACUUCUACUACUGAACCUACUGCUACACCUGAUACUAUCAAUAACACGCCUACCACCACCACUAAUACUUCUACUACUGAACCUACUGCUACACCUGAACAACCCAAAGAAGAAGUUUCACUUGCAAAAGAUGAAAGCGAUGUGAAUAGUAAUAAUAGUAAUAAUGUAAAGGAUAGUAACGUAGUAGAUAAAGAUAAUCCAACACCAACUGAAGAACUUAAAUCAUUACAAGAUCAAAAUCCAUCGCCCAACUCUGAUAAUACCUCUAUCAAUGCGAACAGUCCUCCGGAAAGUACUGAAAAUGUUGAUAGUACCAGCCAAUUAUCGGAUAAUGAAGAAACUUUGAAAAAGACGCCGCCAAACUCUCCUACUGAUUCUACUACCACAAAUACUGAUGCCAGCAGUGACGAGAUGACUGAAGAGUUGAGUAACGUGGUCAAAGGAGAUGGAACUAAUUUGAAGACCACGUUUACCCUGAGCAAUGACAAUGACGAGACCACAAAGUUCCACAAAUCGAAAAAUCCGCCUCCUGAACCUACGGAUGAAUCUGCGAGUGAGGCUUCGUCUGAGCCUGAGUCUGAGUCAGAGAGUAAGGAGAAGUCGAAUGAGGACUUAUUAAAUGAACUACAGAAGACUCAUCCACCCUAUAACGAGACUGAGCUUAUGAAUAUUUUGCACAAAGUUGACACUGAGGAUGUGCAGCCUUCCUUCAAGUCCCCUUUAACAAUAACUCUUAAAAUCACUUUCUUCUCCAGCGAUAAGAGGAUAUCGGUACCUGUUGUAACCACUGCUUCUCUUUUGCUCCCAGAGACCCUGUUCACAAUGUGCUUGCGCGACGAGCUGACACAACAGUGUGCGUUUGAGCUAAAGGAUAGACUAAUGGCUAGGUUUGAGGACGAAAAAUCUCAGGCCUUUAAAUGGGCACACCUAGUUUCACUUCUACAGGCCUUGUCCCUUCAAGGAGACGUAUUCGUGGAGAAGUACGUCAUGGUCAGUGGAUCAGAGAGCGAGAUUACUGUCUCAAAGAUUGAGAUGAUCCUCCCCAUGAAGUCAUUGACAUUUUUACAACAACUUGAGGGCGAGGCUUCAAGCACCAACCAAGAGUCUAAAAUAACAUUUAAACUUCACAAAGGGGUUCUUAAUAUACCAGUAGGAAUAUCACCCAGUGACAUAGGCCAAAACUACGGAGUACACGCACAACUCUCUAGGUUCCUCGAACUCUAUGGAGAUUUUGAAAUCACACACUCAUUGUUUGACCUCCCAACCCAGAAAAGAAACAAACCUGGAAAAUCUGACAAAACGGGAACAUCCAGAAGGGGAACUGAAGAACCCAGUAAAGUGUACACCAUGGAUGAGUUGUUAUCAAUGAACAUUGAAACCAAAGACUUAAAUAAUAACAUACACUACAUUCUUUCAGGAUAUGAGAAGGCUUUGUUUUCAGUACCUAAGAGGUUGAGUGGAUAUAAAUUAGUUUGGGAGACUGUUGAUAAGUACCCUGAGCUUCAACGACUCUGGAUUGAAGCUUUGACUUUGAUGAAGCUGAUGGAUAAAACUGACAAUCUUAAGAAUUUUUUAAAUAACCAUACCUUUAAAUAUCAGGAAUUGAAGGACUUGUUUGAGAUAACUUACGGUAUCAUAGCUGCAGACAAUUUUGAUGAGGCAAGAGACUUUUAUGAGACUGUAGGUAUAACUCAAAAGGAUGUUGAUAUGAACUUGUCAAGAGUACGAAGUCUUUUCUUUGCGAAAACAGGCACAAACGUUACUAGACUUCCUCCAACACUUAAGCCAAUGCACCCCAACUGUCUCAUUAAUAAUAUGAUAACUUCAUUAUCAUCAUAUGAUCUAAUUGAGAGAUUACAGGUAAUGUAUGUACAAUGGAUAAAUCGUUACAAGAAUACAACAGAUGACAUAAACUAUGACCUUGCUUUUCUAUGUGCUGGUUCUUCAGUUUUAUUACAACAUUGGCAUUAUUUUCAACUGGAUCAACGGUUUCACGACCCCCCGGUGCCUUUCAUAACCCUAAUAACGUCGUUUUCUCGUCUAGCACAGGGUAAAUACAAAAAUCCGGAACGAAAGGAAGAGAUUAAGGAUCUGAUCAACUCGAAUGUAGCAAAAAAAUGCCGCAAAUAUAUUAAUGCGGCUGGCAUUUUGGCAACGUCGCCUUACAAGACUGCCACCAUAAACAUGCAACCUAAGUCUCUUCUUGGAGCCAUUGGGAAUGCUCUUAGCGUAUCCAUGGAUGCACCUGCUCUAGAGGUUGCUUAUGCUAUGAAGGACUAUUUCAAGGCCGAACUAUCCAAAGGCAAGUUUGGCAACUCUCUUGGAAUUUGUCUUGGCCUACAGCUUCUCUACCGCCUUAAUGGGUGCCUAUCUAUUGAGAGGUCGAAUGAUUUCUCGUUAUACUCUCACAACCUGUUAACCAUGGAUACGAGGGAAAUAUUGGAAAAAUACACACAAAUCGACUCCAAUACUAAGAACAUUAAUAAGUAUCACCAAUAUCUCAAGUUAGGUUGCGAUCCCGACAAUAUUACUGUACACGAAUCGAUGUCUAAGCUUAUGUCUUUGGUCUCAACUCAGUCUCACUUGGAUUUGAUGGAUGAGCUAGUUCGUAGGGAGAUGCUCUCACCAGAUUUCACUCCCGAGGGAUAUCUAGCCGAGCCAGAGGUUUCUUCCAAGUCUGACCUUGUUGACCUGGAAGAUGAUACAACAACUCUUCUUGAAGCCUUUGAUUCCAACAACACCAGGUCGCUCCUCGAAAUCGCUAACGAUAUUGAAGAGGGCGAGGGUGAUUCCGAAUCUCUUGAAACUUCCGAUUCGUUUAUUGAAUUAGAUAAUUCACACACCAAUAGUCCCUAUACAACUGAAGGUUAUGUAUACAACGUUGGUAGUAUUGGAACUACAAAUUUGAAGGAAAUGGACAAAUUAUAUCACCAACUACUCAACACUAAUUUAAACAGGUUUACAGCUUUAAAUAAGGGUUUAAAUACUAUUAACAAACUUUUUAAUAACACCAACCCUAGUACCUCCGGUUCUAACCCCAAUGAAUCUUCUGACAAAACAUUUGGCGGCAUAAUGUUUGAUAUAAGAAUGGAAAGAUUAGAUUCAAGGGAUGAUCUAAUAGCCUUGGAUGUACCAUUUACGUUCCAUGAGAAAGAACUUGACUUUAUCGAGUCACUUGAGUCUAAGUCUCUACUCAAACUUCUAAUGUACAGGAUGAAAAAAAGAGUUGAAUCCCUAACCAAUUACUAUUCUUGUCACGAUAAGGUUAAUGGUUCAGGUGUUGUGUUUUUAGACGAGUUGGUGGCUAAGGCGAAUGUCGACAUUGGUACUUACAACAGUUUAUUACACAUAUUUGAAUUAAUGCCUGAGGACGGAUAUUACUUUGAAUACGAAGGCCUGGUCAUACCAGGCGACAGAGUUGGUAAAUUAACUGCAAAACACAUUUACAAAUCGCUACAAAACAAUAAUAAGUCUAAGAAUAUGAAUAAUCACUCGAGAGGCUUGGUUUUACAGGUUAUUGAUCCUGUCGAUGACCGAGGUAUUAAAGAAUUAACAAUGCCAAAGGAACACAUUAAGAAGCAUGACGAAUUAUUUUACCAAAAAAUGACUGAACUUUAAUUCAUCUCAUGUACAAUAUAUAAUACCGUUGUAAUUUACUGAUUAAGGUAAAAUAAAGGCUCAAUAUACUUAAACAUA